AUGGCUAACACUAAUGAUGCCUCUGCUACCCCAACCACCACUUCACCUACCCCUUCUUCCAUGAACACCCUCACUCCUUCCAUGGUUGGUGUUGUCUCUAUUAAGUUGGAUCGAACCAACUAUUCUCUUUGGCUGGCACAAUUUCUACCCAUUCUCAGAAGCCGAGACCUUGUGGGCUUUGUGGAUGGCUUUCAUGAAUGUCCUCCAAAACAUCUAUCUGGUAGCACAACAGUCAAUCCCGCCUACACAACAUGGAUUCAAUACGACCAACUUAUCUUAAGUUGGAUCAACAACUCCUUAUCCCAAUCAGUGCUCUACAUAGUUUCACGUAAUCAGACUUCUCGUUCCACUUGGCUAGUUCUCGAACGUCGAUAUGCCUCAACAUCACAAAACAAGAUUUUGCAUUUGCGCAAUGAGCUGAUGCACCAUGAAAGGAGACUUGUUCUUGAUGAUGAACUUGUGCAGAUUAUCAUGAAUAAUCUUGGCCCUGCAUAUGAAAUGGUGGUAAGUGCUGCUCAGGCCCGUGAUACCCCAAUUACAUAUCCCACCCUUGAGGGAACUGGACGUGGUGGUGUUCCGUCCAAUCGUGGAACUGUUCCAAAUUCACGAGGUAAUGCUACUCGCGGAUCUUUUACCAACCAGCGAAGCUAUCAACAAGUUGGUGAAGCAUCGUCUAUGAACACACGGUUAGUGUGUCAAAUCUGUGGCAAGCCGGGUCAUCCGGCUUUGGACUGUUAUCAAAGGAUGAACCUGGCGUAUGAAGGUCGAAUUCCAGCAAAAGGUGCAAAUGCUCAUGUUACUCAUGAACUACAGAAUCUGGUCAACCCCAAGGAAUAUACUGGUAAUGACAAUGUUGGAGGUGUUGGAUCUCAAGACAUAGAAGACGCUUUUCCAAUAAAGAUGUGA